AUGGAGAUUCCCGUUGAUUUACAGCCUCAGGCGUUGCUCGUCCAUCCAACCGCGCUCGCAGAACAUCUACAAACUAUCCUCGCGAAGGACCCUUCGCGCGAAAAUCUCAACUCCAUCAAUUCACACAUCCUUCAUCAGACGCACAUCGGGGCGAUUCCGUCUUUCGUCUACCUUGUUUGGCUAUUUAUUGCCUAUCGACAUUUGCCUCAUCUUGUUUCGCUUGCACUGCGAGAUCAGAUAUCUGCAGGAGUGCGAAAAGCUGGUAUCAAAGUUGUCCGGCACAUUUUCCAAAACCCCUUGCGGCGAGUGUAUGGAUGGGAUCAGCUUGGAGGUGUCCAGGGGAUCAAGGCCAUCCUCGAUGGACUUUCACUGGCCGAAGUACGGUUUUUCGUAAAAGCCAUUUCGAAGGGUUCUCAAAACUCGGAUAAGAACGUUCCAGCCACAAAUUUCGAUGAGCUCGCCAAUCUUAUCCAAGAAUCUGACAACUGGACCUCGAGAUCACUGCGACGGCAUUUGGCCCCCUUAUUUGCGCGCUGCAGUUCGACGAAAGUGACUGAGCUUUUGAGAUCUGGCAUACUUAUCUCCCAUAAAUUUGGCCGCUAUGUGAAUCGUUCGCAGCAGCAUAUGGACCUCUUACGACAGAUGGCGAUUGGCAAGGUCGAGACGCCCCUGCAUGUACACCGCUAUAUCUUGGAGAUAUGGGGAGAAAUGUUGGUGCAAUCGAAAAAGCCUUAUGUGCCGAUUCAUGCUACCAAAUACGAUGCCAACAUUUCUUCUGGUUUGAAAUUUGGCAUGGAUUUGCUGUCUAAUUUCAAAGCUAGCAAGUCUGACCCAUGGUCAAGCAACACGUUAAUUCGCCAAUGGACUCAGCGGAUCAUCAAAUUGGCAAUCAGUCAAAGACUGCCAUUUGAUUCAUUGUUACUAAUAAUAGUCUCCAGCUUGGAAAUGUGGCGAGAUGGAGACUCCUCUUUGUGGCCGCUACAGUAUCUACCACAAGAGUUUAUUCGGUUCUGGUCAAUGGCAAGAUUCGGUAAACUUGGACCUGACGGACCAUUUGGUACAACCAUGAAAGAAGCCGAAAAAUUAUUUUCUUCGCGACUCGAGCCUGCGAAUCAGGCCGCACUAGAGCUGUGUUUAGUAGAGCAGGUGUUGCAUGAUAAUAACCAGCGCCCUUCGGCGUUGCCAUUCUCAUCAUCCUAUACUGCGCGGUUAGAUGGACUGCUCUCAAAUAAGCUCCUAUCAUAUGUGCACAUUGAUGGACGAUUCGAAUUUCUUCAACUUCUGUGCAAACAUUCCCCCUAUCUGAAUUUCGAUCUCACAGUAUGGCCGCCUUCGGAAGAGGAGCGGAAGCUCGUGCCUGUAUGGAAGUACAAUGUUCUGUCUAUUUUACCCAAACACGGGGCUAAGGCACUCUUCCAACGAUCGCUGGAGAUCCACAAAUGCAAUACAUUUUUAUCGGAAGAGGUAUUGGAAUCCAAUCCCUGUGGACUGGAUUGGGAGCAGCAAUGCAGACUUUGGGCAACCUGGGAAUCUUUAAACUCCAAAAGAAGUGAAAGUUUCUCCGUCACUCUCAAAGCUUUUGAUGAGAUGAAGCAACGAGCAACGCGUGAACGAGAUAGUAAGGGGCGGCUGCGUUGGGCAAGAGCAGCGAUACAGCUUGCCGCUAAAACAAAUUCCGUCGCCAUUUUCGGCGAUUCAGUUGAAUGGAGCAAAAGAUUCCUGCGCGAUCAUGCUGCCGGCGAUAUUCUCUCUUGCGGAGCCAAGGAACGAGCCAUGAAGCUUACAUCUGAAUCAGAACUUCAAGACGAAGUGCAGAUGGCCCAUCUAGUUCUGAAGGGACUACUUGAAACUUUACUUCUAUUACUUCGUGAGCCUUGGGCUCGGAAUAUGAGAUCUAUGACAAUGCUGAUUCCCUCUAUGUUCUCCACUGUGAUCCGCCAGAGAAUGGAUGCAGUGAGGUCAUAUGCCCUCGACGGGCUGGCCACUGAGUCUAUAUUGGGUAAAAUAUUGCUUGACUCCUUGUUGUCAGUAAUCAUUGACUACGAGACCAAGGGAAAUAGGGAAGACCAGGCGGCUUUUUCUUGGAGCGGUCCAAAAGGAUUAAUUCGAAAUAUUGCUUGCCCUGAUAACCCUAGUAAAGUCGAGCUUUCAUUCAUUGACCGACUCGCAAAGGCACGAGAUGAUCUUUGGAGAGGUUUACGCGCUCAAAUUAACCCAGAUAUAUUCUUAUUGGAGCCUGGCUGGCCUCGCGGUCUUCCAAUCCAAGAUUUGGUCCCAGAUGAAGCGUGGUUGUGCCACGCGCUCCAGCGUACCGAAGAGACAACAUUUUUAUCCUCGAGAAUUUCCGACCUCCUUUUCAGCCCACAAGAAAUUAUUCUCGCUCCAGUGCGAGAGGAUGCCAAGAUAAUCGGGAGUUUCGUGGACGACUUGGGCUUUGCAAUUCGUGCUAUCGCUUUACAUGAAGAACAAGCAGACAGGAUGAAGUGGAUUACACUUGUCUGGGAUCAUUACUCCUCAGUCUUGCGGGGACAUCCAUUGCAGCUCGAACUUCUUCAAGAGGGGCUGAUCGGUCAACUUAAAAAUGCUCUGUGGAAAGAAGAGGAUGGCUUGGACGAAUUGAUUAAUAUCAUACUGGCUCCUAUACCUCCAGCGCCACUCCCAUUGAUAUCAAAGGUUCCAACGGGAUCGGAGACUACAGAAUGGGACCCACAUGAAGAUUUCCAGGAUACCUUGGAAGCCAGUGUUCCUUCGCUACAAGAACAGAGGCCAAGAGAAAUACCUUGCAUCGUUCUCAAUUCUCGAAUGCGAAGCACAACCAAGUUAGUUGAUGGACUUUUACUUGUACGCACGAAGGUCAUCAAACCUGAGCAAAGGCCUGACGUUGUCGCCAUUUGGACGAAGGAAAACUCUUUCGACAACUGCGAGGCUAUCAUCUUGUCAGCUCUGCUGUUUCUGGACACUUUGGUUCCACAUUCACGGCUCUUGCAGACAGGUUUCCCAGACAGCGAAGGGUUCCGCUACGGACCAACAUAUCUAGCGGAUGAGUUUAUCAUACGAUUGACUAAAGCCGGCGUUGGAAAUUUCGAGGAACGUGCACUCCGUGCCUUGAAGAGAAAUUCCGGGUAUGUCCCAGCUCAGAUAUUGCGAGAUUUGAUUCGUUCAUUGCUGGAUACGAUGAAAGCAUCACCGAGUGCUUCUAAUUAUCCAACCCUCCUGAAUUGCACGCUACAAUUGAUGGAUGUACUUUUGAACAGCGAUGAACCACAUCUUGUAGUUGAAGUGGCACUCAAAAUGUGGCAGGACUUUCCCGAUGACUCUUCAAGCCAUCGCAAGCUGAGUCUUGUGAAAAUCGGCAGAUUUCUUACGCCCGGUCAAGCCAGCAAACUCAUAGAGACCCUCGUCUCUUAUGCAGAUGGUACGAUUCAAAGACAACCGGAACUUAAUGGCAGCUCGAAGAAACCUUUCAUCAAGGUCACCACAUUGAAGAUGUUCACACGUGGUCUAGCCGAGGCAGACUUCAUUGCGCCUUCUACUCGAGUGUAUCACCUCGAGAGAAUGUUCGACACCCGAAGCCACAUUGACGUUCGCGUGCAGGUAGUUGAAUCGCUUUUAAAAAUGGUUAACCUUGAUAACAGUGUUCAGCUGUUCAAGGCUUUGUCUACUGCUGCCAUGUUCGCUGCAGGGUCCAGCGAGAGGGAUAUUGUUACCGACCAAGACUGGCGCACAGCGGAGGCUGGGGGCCCACUACCUCCUGUUCUGGACUCCCAGCGUCCUAUCCUAGACAUUCUUGUCUCCCGGGCAAAGAAAGAGAUUCCAAGUCAACUACACUCGGAUUAUUGUCAAAAGGUCGUGUUGCCUUUGGUGACAGAGUCCAUUGGCCUGCAUUCCCGAUGGAUGACUCUGCUGCUCGCAAGACUCGGUCUUUCUCUCCCAAGUCUCGGGCUAGUUGACUUAGACGUCGGGCCUUUCUCUUUCGAUCUAGUGGAUGACGUUUUCUGCGAAUGGGAACACUACCUCCCAGGCAAAUACCUGGAGUGCCAUCGCAGCUGGGACCUAUCUUGUUUGAAGCAUGAUUCUUUUACUCAGAUUGCCGAAGCUUUUAAGUCAUCCGCGGACAUGAUAGCAAGCGAUACCAAUGUGCGUGAUCACCUGCAAGCGUUUAUUAAGUCCCAGACUGAUCGACGCCCUUUACACUAUGCCUUCGAGCACACGUCUACCCCCGAAAACGAGAACCCAAACGGCAUCACAAAUGAGCUUUUCAUUAAUGAUUUCGUCUCUCGCGUUCAACUGUUCGUCAGGUCUCCAAUGCUAUAUAACCCUUCAUUCGGAAGGUAUAGUAUCAACCCUGUGCACACAUUGAAUGUUUUACGUCUGCUUAGGAGACACCGUGGUUUCAACAAAGAUUAUGAGUAUGUCGAGAAACUCAUGAUGAGUAUCAUCAGAACUGCGGAAUCGGUCCGAAGGCAAGGGUGGUCACCAGGUUUGACCGCUCAUCCUGCGACUGUUCCAUCUUCAUUUGAGUAUGAAGUUCAGUUACUUCCGGGGUUAUAUUGGAAAAAUGAGCUUCGCAGCUUGGGGAUGCAAGAAUUUGUUUCGGGCAUCAAUGACUUGAUCUCCAAGUACGGUGCAGACCCUGUAUUGCUUAUGAAAUUCGAUGUUUUCGAACCGAUUUUGGAAGAGUUUCGCAAGGACGAUAAACUACCGUGUGCUUUGCUACUUGGUGAGGACUGUGAUGAUGAAGAUGAUCAGCAUAGGCCUACGAAGGUAUGGGUCAGGGUGAAAUUGGCAGCCAUGCUGUUGCAGGAUGCGAAGAAGUCGGGUGUGAAGCUGGAAGAAAGUGCACUGGAUAUGGUUGAGAGGUGGAAGGCUAGUGAAAUUGAGAUGGUUCGGGGGAUUGCAUGGGAGUUGGAUUGGAGCACGUAA